AUUGCCUUCCCACCCCCCACCAAGAUGGACCAGGCAACUGGGGUUGAGCCUGACCAGCACGACCAGCAUGAUCACCACGGCCAUGCCCAGGCGGCGUAUUACGAGCAAGCACUGCUUCAAGACGACGGACCGCUAAAAGACGACAAGUUCAAGCUCGCUGUCCAAAGCCUCUUUGUGUGCGAAUGUGGUAAGCACAUCGUGAACGCGAACGAGUACAACAUUGCGAGGCACAAGUCCAGCAAGCGACAUGCCGAAGCGCUGACAAACAGUGACUCGGAAUUCUUUAUCUGCGAAUGUGGCAAGCGUCUGCUUCGGUCGCAAAAAGAGAACGAAGACAACAUGGCGCAACACCGCGCAAGUCGGAAACACAUCCAAGCGAUGGCAAAGAAGCAGAAACUUGUGCAUACGGAUUUGGGCAUUCCAGGAAGACCCGAUGACACUGUGUGGGCAUCAACUUUACAAUCCCUUCGUAGCCAAGUCUUAAGUCUCGAACUCAUCAAAGAAGCCGAGGACGAGCUCAUGCGCGGGUUGUCGUCGUUGGAGCAGGAGUAUCAGCGAACGAGCUCGCUCUUAACGAUGAUGGAGAAGACCCAGCAUAAAGCGCUGCAAAAGGCUGAGAAGUUGCAGAAUGACAAUAUGGCGAUCAAGGCGUCUGUGGCGGCAGUGCUGCAGGCGCGGGACCAGGUACUGAAUGAAUUUCACCCACAAUGUCGUUUGUGAAGUCUUGCACAGGAGUUGAAAAUCCUCAAGAACAUUGCUGAUUUGAUGUGAUGCUUGGUCGUUUUACCAAGAGCGAGAGCCUAACAGGCUGUUGACGAAGAUGCACCUCCUCCGCAGUCGUCAUUGACCCUUGUGUGCGAGGGAGAACUAAAGCAUCAUGUCGCCUAUUUGGCUCGGUAUCGCUGCCCCUCGUACCAUAGUGACUCCGCGCUAAUCCCACGCUCCCGCCAGACACGAAUUCCCCACAACCUAGAACAAUGAGGCGACUGGUCAGGUACAUCGUGUUUAAAAUACAUUUUAAAUUAAGUUGUUUGGCU